AUGGGUUCUGAUACUGAUUUAGAAUGUGACAAAUCAAAAAUAGAAGUUCAGAAAAAUCCGAGCAUAAAUUUAAAAAUUGAUUGCCUUAAACGACAUGAAUGUCCAUUUAAAAAUUGUCAUUCGGCAUUUAAUAGGCCGUGGAAAUUAGAGAGACAUAUUAAUACUCACGUAGGAUAUAGACCAUUCAAAUGUGAUUUUCCUUUAUGCACAAAAGAUUACACUAAUAAGUCACAUCUUUUAAGACAUCAAUCAAUAAGUCAUGGUCAAAAGAAGAGUUCUUCGCUUAACAUUUUGUGUCCCUAUCCAGAUUGUAUAAAAACCUUUUCGAAUAAGUGGAGUUUAAAAAAGCAUUAUAAUGUUCAUAAGUCUACUAACUUGUACACAUGUGAAAUAUGUAAUCAGUCUUUUAAAGAAUUCAACCAGUUUAAAAUCCACAUGUCUGUUCAUUCUGGUACAAAGAUUUUUAAUUGUAACUCUUGCGGUGAAAAUUUUAUCAAUGCUGGAGAACUUAAAAAACAUGAAAGAAAACAUAAAGUGUACAAGUGUGAAAACGAUGAUUGCAAUCAGGAAUUCAAUAAUUAUAAUGCUCUAAGAGCUCAUGUAAAAAAAUAUCAUCCAAAUUGGUUGAUAUGUGAUUUUUGCGGUCAUAAAUAUUUAAAUAAAUGGUCAUUGACAGAACAUGUUCUAUCACAUUUACCCAAAAGCAGCAGAGAAGUAUUAGUUUGUCCAUUCAGAGACUGCGAUAGACAUUAUUAUCAUCAGAGAAACCUGUAUCAUCACUUAGAAUCAUACCAUAUAGGCAUCACAUAUGAAUGUUUAGUGUGUAAGAAAUUGUACACUAGUAAAGCUUCAUACAGAAUCGGAGAAAAAAAAAGAAACGACUAA